AUGGAGCAGAGCUCGUCGUCAGAGCCUGUGCAAUCGACGCGAACUUUAAGCGAAGAAAACUUAUCACAGCAUAAUGCGGCUCCAUACUUUCAACAUCAUGAAGCAUCGCUUGAGCCACUCGAUUACCAAGACAUGCUAAAGCAGCGAUGGAGGCCCUCGUUCUAUGAGCAAGUCACUCUUGCCGAUUGUAUGGAAAGUCGUGUUCAGGCAGCUGCUGAAAGAACUUCAGCUAUGGGCUUCGAUGCUUCCUCAAAUUUGAGCCAUGGGCGUUCCACUAUCUGCGCCUCAAUUCACAACACGGAUCCAACCGCAGGGUUCAGAGCCAGCCCGAAGCUUGCCCCACAAGACACACUCGACGUAACUGCUGUCCUCACAUCAUGGGCCGUCAAUGACGAAAUUCUAUCUUUACCUGAAAUAAUGUCACCCUGGCCGAGUUCUCUGUGCGCAGAAAUUGAUGAAAAUCUAGAGCCUCAAGAAGUGUUGACUACUCCAGAGACAGUCAUUCCCAAGCAAAGAAAGACCCAGAAAGGGCUUCCACUCAUUUUCAAAGUGGACUCUGGUUCUGAAGAAAUCAUGACUGGACAUGACACAGGCACAGAGGCUAACCACAUGUCUCUCGAGCUCGCUCAGAAGCUCGGAUACAAAAUCAAUAGGGAAGAACAGGAGAAAGGACUAUUCCAACUUCCCACAGGCAAGAUCAUUGAAUCUGUUGGACAAGUUAUCGCUCAAAUUCAAUUCGCCCAAGGAGAAGGCUCCAAGACGUCAACUUUUACUUGCCAAUUCAACGUUUUCUCCAAACUAGCCAUGCCUGCACUCAUUGGCAUGGCUUUCCUGAAUGCAACCGAAACUCUUACAACAUAUCGAUCCCGACUCGCCACUCUUCCUGCAGGAUGGAAACGAUCGCUGCGCCUAUGUGCCGUCGGGAAUGCAACCAACGAAGUCAAUUGCGUCUUAAACGGACGCGAUGCAAAAGCUAUCGCUGACACUGGGUCUGAAAUCGCCCUCGUAAGCGGUGAAUAUGCGUUACGUCAUGGGCUUCUAUACGAGUAUAGCUGUGAGGAACUUGAGCUGGCGGACGGCUCACUCGAGCAUACAAGUGGAUUCGUAGACCUUGUACUCGCAAUACAAGACCCUGGGUCACAUGACAGGAAGUGGACGGAGAAGAAAGUGCGAUUUCACGUUCUCGAGUCUCUUCGUUUUGAGGUUCUUCUUGAUGAGGCAAUUGUUGAAGAUUUCAAAAUCUUUCAACGGGGUAUCGCCUUUAUGCUGCAAUUGACCUCCAACAUUACUGCCAGCUUGGCGUCGAUUGCACAUCUUCGGACCAUAGAUCAGUCGGUUGCGAAUGGGAAAGAGAAGUUAAAAAGAAGAUGGGCAUUACUCUUGCAAUCUGUCCAACUCUAUACUGAUACUACCUCAGCUCCUCCCGUCAGUGGUCAACCCACGUUUUCUCUAGAAAAAGCCGAGAUUGAGAAAGAGAUACGCACUUUGGAUAAGAAACGGCUCCAGAGACGUGCGGAAUUCCGGAAGACGUCGCCUACAGUGGCUGAAACCGAGCGCUCUAAUCAAGAGGAGAGUCAAUAUCGGGCCGAAAGAGAGGUUCUUGUACAAAAGUUGAAAGCGCUAUAUCCGCCAUGA